UUUUCCCUUCUCCUCUCCCCUGCUUCCUUCUUUCUCCUCCUCUUAAGGGGUGUCCAUUUCCCGCAAGGCCCAGAAGCAGCCCUCUGUCACCCGGAGCGGACCAUGCACUGCAGCUGCUUGGCAGAGGGCGUCCCGGCCACCCCUGGCAACUACUGGAUCUCAGGCUUGGCCUUCCCUGACUGGGCCUACAAAGCCGAGUCGUCCCCAGGCUCCCGGCAGAUCCAGCUGUGGCACUUCAUCCUGGAGCUGCUGCAGAAGGAAGAGUUCCGCCAUGUCAUUGCCUGGCAGCAGGGAGAGUAUGGGGAGUUUGUCAUCAAGGAUCCAGAUGAGGUGGCCCGCCUCUGGGGCCGCAGGAAAUGCAAACCACAGAUGAAUUAUGACAAGCUGAGCCGGGCCCUCAGAUAUUACUACAAUAAGAGGAUCCUGUACAAGACCAAAGGCAAAAGGUUCACGUACAAAUUCAACUUCAGCAAGCUCAUCGUGGUCAACUGUCCUCUGUGGGAAGUGCGGGCGCCGCCAUCCCCCCACUUGCUGCUGGGGGCGCCUGCCUUGUGCGGGUCAGCCCUGGUGCCCGUGGGUGUGCAGAGUGAGCUCCUGCACAGCAUGCUGUUCACCCCCCAGGCAAUGGUGGAGCAGCUGAUGGGGCAGCAGACCCACCGAGGGCAACCAGAGGCCUCUGGGGAGAAGAAGGGGAGCAGCAGCAGCCGACUUGGCUCUGCGCCAGGGCCCUGCCGGCUGGGCCCUUGCUGCCACUUGGGGAGCAUCCAAGGCCAGCUGCCCUGUUUCGCCUCCUUCACCCCUCCCCUCCCGCCCCCUCUCCCCUGUGACUGGACCCGCCUCUCGGGGCCCUUCCUGCCUCCUCUCCCCUCAGAGCAGCAGCUCCCGGUGCCCUCCAAGCCAGACACCCUGCUCCCAGGACCCGGAUGGCCCCCAGGAGGCUGGCACUUUCCAGGGCUUCCCCUGUUGGCCGGGCUGGGACAGGGCGCAGGCGAGAGGCUUCAGCUCCUGUCCCUCAGGCCUGAGGGGUUGGAGGUAAAGCCUGAUCCCAUGCCGAGGGUGAAGGGGUGCCUGGAUCCCAGGGAGGGGUUCUCCUCAGAGGCCCAAGGACUCAAAAGCCCUGCAUCGCCCAGUCUGGAGAACCUCAAAGCAGUGUGGCCCUUGGAUCCACCUUAA